UAAACUUGUACUUGUAGUGUGUGUAGCAGGAUUUUAUGGAAGCCAAUGUUUAAAGUCGUGUGGCAGUUGUCAAGGUGUAAGUUGUGACAAGGACACUGGAGACUGUACGACAGGGUGUACAGAUGGAUGGACUGGGAACGAAUGCCACAACAAGGUGGUAACUAUAACGAAUGAAGACGCCGCUGUCGGGAUAGGCAUCGGAUCUGGAGUGGUUAUACUGGCUCUGGUCAUCGUGAUAAUUGUACUGGUCAAACGUCGGACGAUGAAGCGCGGCGACACCACAGGUUCUUCUCAUGUGGCAGAUAUAUCAUUGCCGAGAACUGCAUUAGAGCUAAAACAAAAACAAGAUAAUACCUACGACGAAAUAGUAACUUACAACAAGGAACAAACCAUUGCGCAGAUUUCACAAAAUGAGUCAAAUUAUGAACAGCUUGGACGCAGGGAGGUGGACAUUCCACAUAUAUACGAGACAACAGAUGUUGACAAGAAAACAAAGGGAAAUGCUUCUUGUAAACUGGACAGUUUCAUCAUUCAACGUAACCUUGUUAUUGUAAAAUAAAUUACACACAUU